AUGGGAAACAUUCAGACGCGUUUAGAGGAAACUGAACGGAAGAUGCAGACGAACACCAAUAGCGUUGAGGAGCAAAGAAAUGACGUCAUUUCACAGGUAGAGGCAAUUGAACGGGACUUGGUAGAACAUAUUCAGAAAUUGAAGCAUGAAGCAUUGAAAGCUCUGGAGACAGAAUAUUCUUUGGUUAAAGAGGAUCUGGAAACAAAUAUCUCUCAGAUAAGUAAACUUAAACAAGAAAUUGAGAAAACAAGUAGCCAGCUACAGACAGCCCAUAAUCUUAAUAUGAGAGAACAAUUUGUUCAGACAAAACUGAUACAACAGACUGUAAACGAUGCAAUGAAAGUGUUUGAACAAAGCGAGGAUAAAGGUCGUGUGUGCUUACGUUUUACAGAGAAUACAGAAUUAAAGUCUUCUAUUACAACAUCAACAUGUCUAGGGCGUGUACAGAGAGUAACAGAAAAGAACAGUCUAUUGACAUCAAAAAUAUAUAAAGUAAGUUCACGGAAGGAGAUUAAUAUCAAGAUGACAAAUGACCGUACACAAUGCUACAUUAAUGAUAUAUGUCAGCUUGUAGACGGUACAAUCAUACUGGCUGACUAUAAUAAUUACAGGAUAAAGAGGCUUGAUGUGAAUUAUAACAUUAAAGAUUGUUUGAAUCUAGAAUCAUAUCCUACAGGUAUCUGUUGUACUGGUAAUACUGAGGUCGCUGUUAAACUGUACAACGACAAAGUUUGGUUUAUAUCAGUAGGAAGCUCGUUAUCUAAGGUGAGAUAUAUAUCUGUUACAGAUGGAGGUUACCAGGGAAUGACAUAUUAUGCUGGAGAGUUAUGGGUAUCUGCUGAAAAUUGUGUAAAUGUAUACAGUAUGACUGGUACAUUAAUAAAGUCUAUCAGUGAAAAUGUCAAUAGUCAACACAUAUUUAAAUCAACUCCACAACAAAUAGCUGUCGGUGGGGGAACUGUUAUUGUAACAGAUGAUAGUGAUGGUGCUGUCUGUCUCAACAGAGAUGGUACUGUGAAGAGAGAACUGAGAGAUCAAAGGCUUAUCAGCUCAUAUGGUGUAUGUGUAGCCAAGGAUGGGACCGUGUUCAUUUCUGGUUUUUAUUCAUACAACAUCAUGAUGUUUGAUAGAGAUGGUAAAUGUCUGGGCGAAUUAGUUGAUUAUAAAUGUGGUGUUAAGGAUCAAGUAGCUAUGUGCUAUGACAAAACGAAAAACUGUGUAUUAGUUGCUUCCUCUUCAUCGAACAAAUUAGUUGUUUUGAAUAUCUCUCAUUAA